AUGACUUUUGGUGGCGUGUCCAAGGACUACGGAAAUCGAUCUUCACUGCAGCCCCACACCCAGCUGGCUAUUCAGACUGGUGGAAGCGUCCUAAGCAGACUUCCAUCAAGCACCAGCACAGUUGUAAAGUCUCCAAUUUACAUGCUUCGCGGCUUCAGCACUUCAAUACCAUUUGCUCGUCUCAAUAUGACCACCAUUACAUCUCUUAUGCGCAUUUCGGCCAAGGACCUGUCUCAAAGGAUCCUCGCCGAGCGCGACAGCGCGGAGUCGACAUAUGCCAUCAUCGAUGUCCGCGACGAUGACUACCUUGGCGGCCACAUCAGAGGAGGUAUCCACGCCGCCAGUGAGCAGCUCGACGCCCUGAUGCCGACGCUGCUGCGCCGUCUGGAGGGUAAGAGGACGGUCGUGUUCCACUGCGCGUUGAGCCAGCAGCGAGGGCCCAGCGCGGCCCUGCGCUAUCUGCGAGAGCGGACGGCGAAGUCCUCGUCGGGCGAGAGCCCACAGCAGGAGGUGCUGGUGCUGGAUAGAGGCUUUGAGGGCUGGCGGCAAGUGUAUGGGGAGGAUGAGCGGCUGACGGAGGGUUACCGAAAGGAUCUCUGGGGAGAUCACUAG